CAGCACUUGAACUCAGCACAGAGGAGGCGUGCAGGAGCCUGGAGGUUCCUCCAGACAGUCUGAUCCGAGUCAUGGAGAGCCGAGGAGGACUGACGGACGAGGAGGUGUCUGCUGCCUGUAAAGAAGGAGACGCCAUCACGAUGGACUACAUGAUGCAGCAGACGAUGCUGAGGGUCAAAGAUCCGGCGAGGUCUCUGGACUUCUACACUCGGAUCCUGGGCAUGACCUUGCUCCAGAAAAUCGACUUCCCCUCGAUGCGCUUCACCCUCUACUUCCUGGGUUACGAGGAAAAGUCGGAAAUCCCGGGCGACAUCAAAGAGAGGACGGCGUGGACCUUCUCUCGCCGAGCCACCAUCGAGCUCACGCAUAACUGGGGCUCAGAGUCCGAUGAACGUCUGUCGUACCACAACGGGAACAACGAGCCGCGAGGAUUCGGUCACAUUGGCAUCGCCGUUCCUGAUGUUUACGCCGCCUGCAAAUUAUUCGAAGAGCAAAAAGUGACGUUUGUCAAGAAACCAGACUCAGGUAAGAUGAAGGACCUGGCCUUCGUUCAGGAUCCUGACGGAUACUGGAUCGAGAUUUUAAGUCCCAACAACAUGGUGUCCUUAAUGUCGCCGUGAAGCAGAGACGCUGCAGAUGAACAGAAUAAUAAUAAUGAUACAGAAAUAAAGUUUAUUAUGAUGCUGGAUGAAUGUUUACAUGACAAACCUCCCACAUAAACAAUUCAAUCAGCUCCUGCUCGACUUCUUCUUCUUCUUCUGUCGUUUAAAUUACAUUUUUUGAGUUUCACAUUAGAGAAGUUUGAUGGAAACGACAAAAAAUUUAUUAAUAUUGUAUUUUUACAGUAAAUUACUGUCUAAUAAUUACAGUAAAUUCACAGUAAUUAGUUUACAGUAAUGUACUGUGUUUCUACAGUAUUACUGUAAAAUACAGUAUUUCAAUGUUAAAUUGUAAAUUUACAACGAUAGAAAAACACAGUACUGUCGUGUGUUUUCACAGUAAGCACAGAAUUACGGUUAAUCUUAAUUUUUUUUAAAUAAAACAUAAAACACAUGUGUAAAAUGUCCCCAUGUGAUGUCAGGUGAUAAAUCUGUUAGUUAGUUUUCACCUUUUGUGUGAUGAUAUAUUUUUAUUUCACACAAAUAAAAAUAUUGAUUACAGUGUGUUAAUCAGUGUAAAGACGCGUCGAGCAUGAAGUGUUCUUUGUGUUUUUGUGGUUUACUGUUGUUGUUUGGCCUUUGACCUCGUCUUUGUCCUCACACGGUGUCCGUCCUCUGCAUUGUCUGCCUGUCUCUGUGUGUCUCUACGUAAAGCGCUGACCCGGCUCAUGUCACCCUUUUUUCCCGCUGCUCACUUCAAAGCGGCGUCCCAGCGUGAGAACCGUGUCGGCUGACCGGUGGCGGAUUUACGGCCCGCGGAGCUCGUUCCCAGGCCUGUCAGCCUCUAAUCCUCCAUUCAGCUGGAAGUGACGCCGGCUUCUUCUCUGGGAGGAUUUAACGGGCGCUGCCGUGAUUUCAGAGUGUAAAUCAACUGAAGAUGAAGGCAGAGGAGUGUGUGUGUGUGUGUGUGUGGUUCAGAGAUAUUAUCUCCAUGAUAUUUUAGUCAUUAGUGAUCCUGAUAGUUCUUAAUAUCUUUAUUUGGUACUCCUUGUUGUCGGGUCAAACUGAAGUUUGUUUUCACCUUUUGGCUGAAAACAAACGCCGUCAGCAGUGAGUUGUUGUUCGCAGUGAGCUAACAGCUCCGAACCCGACGUUAGUCGGGAUGGGAACUGAUCUGAUUUUUAUGAUUCCGAUUCCUUUAUCGAUUCUGCUUAACGAUUCGAUUCUUUAUCGA